AGAGCAGGAAACCUCGACCUCCACCAUGACCUCCUACACUCGCUCCGUGUCCUACUCAUCCGGCGGGAACCGCCUCGGCUCCCUCAGGGCCCCAAGCGUGUACGGCGGUGCUGGGGGCGCUGGAGUCCGCAUCUCCAGCAGUAACGCCUCCAGGAGCUACGCUGCAGGUGCUGGUGCAGGGGGCGUCGGGGGCUUCAACCUGUCCGACGCUGUCGUGGACAUCUCUGACAACAAGAAGAUGGCCAUGCAGGGCCUGAACGACCGCCUGGCCUCCUACCUGGAAAAGGUCCGCAAGCUGGAGGUUGCCAACGCCGACCUGGAGCUGAAGAUCCGUCAGUUCCUGGAGAGCAAGACCAAACCCGAGGGCCACGACUGCUCUGCAUUCCAGGUGGUCAUCGGCGACCUGCAGAACCAGAUCUUAGGCUCCACCCGCACAAACGGAGGUCUGUACCUCUCCAUCGACAACGCCAAACUGGCUGCUGACGACUUCAGGGUCAAGUACGAGAACGAGCUGGCCAUGCGUCAGGGCGUGGAGGCCGACAUCACUGGACUCAGGAGGGUCCUGGAUGAUCUGAGUCUGGGAAGAUCUGACCUGGAGAUGCAGAUCGAGGCCCUGAGGGAGGAGCUUAUCCAGCUCAAGCAGAACCAUGAGGAGGACCUGCUGGCUCUGCGCUCUCAGAUGAGUGGUCAGGUGAACGUGGAGGUGGACGCUGCUCCUCAGCAGGACCUGUCCGUGACCAUGGCCUCCAUCAGAGAACACUACGAGAGCGUCGCCUCCAAGAACCGCAGAGACCUGGAGUCCUGGUUCCAGGCCAAGUCUGAGGAGCUCAGUAAGGAGGUGGCCGUGAGCACAGAAGUUCUGCAGACGUCGCGCUCUGAGAUCACAGAGGUCAAACGGACGCUGCAGGGUCUGCAGAUCGAGCUCCAGUCCCAGCUCAGCAUGAAAGCUUCUCUGGAAGGAACCCUCGCUGAGACCAACAGCAGGUAUGCCGGCAUGCUGGCCGGGUACCAGAGGCAGGUGAUCGCUCUGGAGGAGCAGCUGGCAAACCUGAGGGCUGACCUGGAGCGCCAGGGCCAGGAGUAUCAGAUGCUGCUGGACACCAAGACCAGGCUGGAGAUGGAGAUCGCAGAGUACAGGAGGCUGCUGGACGGAGAGGCUUCGGCUCUGUCCAAGACUCGCCAUGUGGUCGUCGUCACCAAAGAGAUCAUCAACGGUGAAGAGAUCAUCAUCUCUUAGAGCGAGUGAGACAACAAGAGAACUGCGAACCGUUCUCAGGAAAACACGAAAUAAAAGAUCUUCUGAUGAACCGA